AUGUCGUCUUCAUUCUUCUCCUCCACCACCGGCGAUCAUCUCUCCUUCACCGGAUUCCUUGACGACAUUCUUUUAGAUUUCCCACCUCAAAAUGUUAACUCGUCGGUCAUCGUCUUCUCUGGUUCCGACGACAACAACAACAACAACUCCACACCAAAAACCAACACCUCAAGUUCCGGUUCCAACGACGGUGAAAAAAAUCUUAAUCCGGUCGAUGAACAACUUCGCCGGAGAAGGAAGAUAUCAAACCGGGAGUCGGCAAGACGAUCCCGAUUGAGAAAACAAAAACACUUGGAGACUUUAAGGAACCGGCUGAGUGGAUAUGAGACCGGUAACCGGGAACUUAUGAAGCGGUUAAUGUUUGUGAACCACCAUGGACAAAUUUUCCGGCGAGAAAACCAGAGACUCCGAUCAGAGUCCGUGAUGCUCCAACAAAAACUAUGCUACUUACAUCAAGCACUACUGGAACUCCACCACCACCCAUUAUCAGCUUCUGCAUGGCCAUGCAAUUAUUAAUCACGUCACACUUCGAUCCACUAAU